CAAGUCUAAAAUCAAAAUAAGGAAAAAUGAAGAGGGAAGGUCGUAAACACGGUUUCAUUAGGACUGGGAUGAUUCAUCCGUCGGGGUUUAAUCCACAAACCAGAAACAAAUUCGUGAACCAGCUUGAUUCACCACCCGCUUUUGGAGUAUUUACUAACGUGCCAUCAAAACCUACCAACCAUUCAAAAUCCACCAAGAAAUGUGAGCGGUCCAAAUACAGUAAUCAUCAUGUGUCGCCGGCUAUAAAGUCUGUGGACAAAUCUAAAGGCUGCCGCAAGGUACAAUCGACGGAAUGGUGGGCUGAGGAUAAGCUAAACCGGCUCAUCGGGUCGGACUCAUCCUCUGCUAGAGAUAUUUUGGAUACCUUAUGUGAUGAAGAUUAUGAUGGUCAUGUUUCAGCUCAUGAUGAUGAUUGUUAAUCAUACAAAAUACACACACUCAUCUUUCCUAUUUCACCAUGUUUGUUUUAACACAAACCCCAAAAUAUGUAUUUCGUGUCUUGCUAUCACUUUGAAAAGUGUGGCUUUUGUAUGAUUUUUUAUAUUAAAAUUUUCUCUCUUUAAAUUUAAAAGUAAAUGUAUCAGA